AUGCUUGGCCACGUAGUCAAUAUGUCGACAUCGUCAGUGAAAGUAACUUUUCUCGGUCUGGGGAGUAUGGGUAGUGCCAUCGCAAGAAAUAUUCUCAAGAAAGGUUUCCAACUUGUCGUGUGGAGUCGAACGACAUCUAAAGCAAAUGAUUUAAUCAAGGCUGGUGCGCGUUUAGCAGCAACUGCACGGGAAGCUGUAACCGAUGCUGAUAUCAUUGUUAGCUGUCUAUUCGAUGAUAAAUCAUGUUUAGACACUGCUCAAGGAGAAAAUGGUUAUUUGAUGGGUGUGAAAAAGAAUGCUAUACACGUCAAUACCACAACAAUUAAUCCAAAUACUUCAACUCAAUUGGCAAAAUUACACGAACAGCAUGGUGCUUUCUACAUUGCGGGAACUGUUCUCGGUCGACCAGAUGUAGCGGCUGCUGGACAAUUACGUAGCUUUCUAGGUGGUAAUCUAGAAGCUAUCGAACGUGCUCGACCAGUAGUCGAAGCCUAUUCAGGUGGAUCGAUCAUCGUCGUUGGGGACAAUCCUGCACAUGCAAAUGUGGUUAAACUAACAGCGAAUAUGGUUCUUGCUGCCAAUCUAUCUCUCUUCGGUCAAAUUUAUGCAUUGAACGAACGCUGGGGUGUUGAUGACGAUAUCACACAACAAAUACUCAAAGUUUUCUAUUCACAUCCCGGCUUAUUAGCAUACGAAAAUCGUAUUCGAAAUCGAGAUUACGAAAUAGGCGAAGGUGAAGGAUUUCGAGUGGAAGGUGGUUUAAAAGAUGUAAACGCCAUGUUAACAGCUGGUGAUGAAGUUGGUGUUCCUCUUCCGUUCUGCAGUGUUUUGCGAGAACAAUAUGCUUCGAUUAUUGGAAACGGUCUCAAAGAUUUGGAUUGGUCGGCUGUCGGUGAUGCGACGAGAAUUAACGCUGGAUUAUCUCUUCCACCACGAAACAAGCGUGAAUAA